GCCAUUGGAGCCGCUCGGCCCACGACUGAAAGCGCAAGAUUUGGGGCUCGCUGCCCACUCUCGACACGUAUGUCUGUGCCCGGCUCGCGAGUCGGGAGAGGGAGCGACAUCGCUUUCGGACAUCGUCGUCGUCGUCACCGCUCUGGGAAGUCGGUCGUCCGCUAGCGAGCUGCGUAGAGCGAUGCGUGCGUGUGCUGGUAGUUGCUAGCUCGGCCCGUCGAGGGCUUUCGCCAAUCGAGCCAUUUUCAUUUGCUUGCACCGCCAAGACAGAAAGAGAAAGCGUGCGGAGGGAGAGAGAGAGAGAGAGAGGACGAGCGAGCGGGGCGGUGGCGAAAAGGGAAGGAUUCGGUGAAAGAAGGUAUGGUGGAUGGUGGGAGGACGGGAGGUUUGUCUCGCAGCAUUCGGGGCCCAGCGAGGAAAGAGCAGCCAUGAAAUCCCUAGGCGGCAGGAAAUAGGCAUCAAUCGGCGAGCAGGGCCACUUGCAAAGCCAGAGAGCGAGGUCGAAGAUCCGAUCGUCGCACGAGAUCCGCGAGCCGCGAGCGAGCUCGAUCAAAACACAGCAACUCGGGACGAGUCACGGGGCUCUGCGAUUGUAUGCUCGUGAGAAAGGGACGCAGCGGAGCGAGGAGGUCGAGCCCAGAGUCGGAGGAUGGUCAGCAGCAGACAUUGAGUAGAACUACUUCAUUCGCGCACGCAUAGAGUGAGAGAGAUAGAGAGACACAGAGACAGAGACUGAGAGCCAUAGAGAAGAUCGUGCCACCACGAGAGGCAGCGGCAUGGAGUAAACCAGCGAGCGAGUCAGGCAGAGGAUCGAAGCUUCUCGUGGUGCCGAAAUCUCGAGGCGACCGCGAGAGAACAAGAGCAACGUCGUCGUCGAUUUCGUCGGGGCAGAUGGCGGCCCUCGCGCAGGGGUCGCUGCCAGGGUGCCGAGAGGUUGUGGCAUCUGCCUCGUUCUCGUUCUCGGCCGAUUGCGUGCGCAAUUGCUCGACAUUCCGAAGGAGCUCGACAUUCGCGCACGGGCUCUCGUCGGCGAGAAGGCAGGCCCUCGUCGCUCUGCGCAGCAGCAGCACGAGCCCGCGGCGAGCAGGAGCAGGAGUGGGCGCAGGGCGGAGAGUUGGCGCCGUCGCGUGCGUCCGAUGGCGAGGCCUGCCGCCGUCGCGGGACCGGGGCAGGGACUGGCGCGCGAAUUGCACGCCUCUGAGCGUGCCUACGGAGAAUCCGGGCUCUGACGACACGCCCUCGACGUCGGCGGACUCGGAGGAAGGCGCGCCCAUGAGGAAGUCGCGAUUUCGGCUGGUGCAGGCGCUGCUGGGGUUCAUGGCUGGGCUGUCGAAGCGGCUGUCGCCCAUGGGGCUGGCGCGCGCCGUCUGGGGCUUCCUGCGCGGGCGCUGGCCGCAGCUCCUGCUCUGGAGCAUCGUCGGGAGCACGCUGGGUCUGGGGCUGCUGUGCUCGAGGCUGACGGGCGCCGCGGCACCGCGACUGGUCGCCUACUCGGACCUGGUCGACCACCUGCAGACGCGCACCGUGACCACGGCGCUCUUCGAAGAGGGCUCGAGCAACGUGUUCUUCAACGUGGCGGACGAGAGCGCCCCCGUGGCAGGCGCGGGGGCGCCGGCGUGGCAGUAUACGGCGCGGCGCGUGCGCAACGACGAGACGUUUCUGCUGACUGCUAUGCGCGACGCCGGCGUGAAGUACAGCUCCGCGCCGCAGUCGAUGAGCGCGUCGCUCAAGGCCGUGCUGAUCACCGUCGUGACGCUGUGGAUCCCGCUCAGCCCCCUGCUCUGGCUGCUGCACCGGCAGCUGGCGCAGACGGGCGCGUCGUCGCAGCGAAGGAAAAAGAGCGUGAGCAGGCCGGUAAAGUUCGACGAUGUGGCGGGCGUGGAUCUGGCGCGCGCCGAGCUCAUGGAGAUCGUGUCGUGCAUGAAGGGCGCGUCGCAGUUCGCGAGCCUCGGCGCCAAGCUGCCCAAGGGUGUGCUCCUGGUCGGCCCUCCCGGCACCGGCAAGACGCUGCUGGCGCGCGCCGUGGCCGGCGAGGCCGGGGUGCCCUUCUUCGCCGCGUCCGCCAGCGAGUUCGUCGAGAUGUUCGUUGGCCGCGGAGCGGCGCGGAUCCGCGAGCUGUUCGCGGAGGCGCGCAAGAGCACGCCGUCCAUCGUGUUCAUCGAUGAGCUCGACGCCGUGGGCGGGCGGCGCGGGCGCAGCUUCAACGACGAGCGCGACCAGACGCUGAACCAGCUGCUGACGGAGAUGGACGGCUUCGACUCGGACUCAGGCGUGCUCGUGCUGGCGGCCACCAAUCGCCCCGAGGCCCUGGACCCGGCGCUGUGUCGCCCCGGCCGCCUCUCGCGCCGCGUCCACGUCACCGAGCCGGACCAGCUCGGCCGCCAGCAGGUGCUGGCCGUACACAUGCGCGGCAUCCCCGUGCUCGAGGACCGCGCCCUGCUCGAGCGCGCCGUCGCAGCCCUGACCCCGGGCUUCGUUGGCGCCGACCUCGCCAACCUCGUGAACGAGGCGGCGCUGCUCGCCGCCCGCAAAGGCAACUCCUCCGUCUCUCUCGAGGACUUCCGCGAAGCCGUCGAUCGCGCCAAGUAUGGCGUCGGCGAGCGCCGCCGCAAUGUGUUCGACGAGAUGGAGCAGAAGCUCGGCUCGUGGUUCAAUCGAGCCCGCUCGGAUUCUCCCGGCUACCCCGCCCUUCCUGCCAGUGGCUAGUCGCCGUGCGAAUCGUCGGCCUCAAUUCUUAGAUUAGUGUAAAUUUCGAGCCGAAGCCAUAGCUGGGCUGAUGAUGGUCUCCUGUAAAGCUCUCCGACCCAUCCGACCCUCUGGUACAGCACACGAUCGACUUCCCGUCCCGCCUGCGGAACUAUCCUGGACACGAUGCAAUCAGCGCAUGGCGAUGAAUGAGGCGGCGCUAGUCUCGAUCCAUCCGUCACUCCACCUUUUCUAUUCCCCUGCCAGUCACAGGUCCCUCUGCUUCGACCGUGGUCUGCGAGUUGCUUUGGGCUCUCGUGAACCAUAGUCGGAUUUUCUCAGAAUUAUAUUGGCCCGUGCUUGCUCUGUUUGUGCUCGAUGAUGCAACCAACCGGUUCAUUCUGUCCUUGCACGAGUAGACCGACCGUGGAGAAGUAGCUUCUGGCCCGGACGCAGGCCGUCUGUGACCGCAGCUCCGAGAGCUCGCCUCGCUUAGUUUUAGUGUGAGGUCGUCUCGCGGAUGGACAUCACCCCGGAAAUCUGGGUCACAACUCAUAAGCUUCAAUGAAGUAAAACUCGAGCUGCAUGGGUACGGCCGUAUUUGGACAUUUUGCCCAGAGCUCUUAUC